AUGGAUAAACUGAGAUUUGAUUUCACCGUAAAACCAACAGCGGAUGGAAAAUCAAACAUUAUAUGUGUAACUUCAAUAGCAACAACUGAUGGAGAGGUUUUUGAAUUACCAGAUGAAUACCAACCAGUUAAUUUGCACCAACAACUUAUUAACACUCCAAACUAUGUGAAAGUAAAAAAAUCAUUAACAAAAAGAUAUCAAAAGAGUAGAAUAUGGAUAAAACUAACGGAAGAUAUAUCGAAAACUUAUUUGGAUGAAGAGAAAAAUGUACAGUUUGAUGAUAUUUACUUGGAAGAAAUCAAGGCAGAAACAAAUACUGAUAAAUCUAUCCCAACUGGCUCAGAAAAAAUCUUGGAAAAUUUUGUAGAGAAGUUAAUUAACUAUAAGCCAACACAAUUCCAAUCACAGAAUUUAGGACAAGUUGCGAAUGAUUUCAUGAUAGAGAAAUUCACUGGCAGAAAUUUGAAUGCAAACCAAUGGAUUGAAAAUUUUAAUAAAGAAUGUGAACGUUUCCAAGUAAAUGAGGACAAAAAGAAAAUUGAAAUUUUAAAACAUUUCUUGCAAUUUUCCGGAGCAGAGUGGUACAGCUGUAUGAUGAUUAAAUAUUCGAUAGAAGCAGAAUGGAAUAUAUGGGAGAGAAAUUUUUGUGAUACCUUCGCGAACAAAGGAUGGUCACCAGCCAGACAUGCUUUAGCCUUCAAAUAUCAAGCAGGUUCAUUGCUUGAGUAUGCUUUGAAAAAAGAGAAAUUAUUAUUAGAAGUGAGGAAGUCAAUCGAUACUGGGACACUUAUAGACCUAAUAGCGUUUGGUCUACCUAAUUAUGUUGCAGAUAAAAUUGAUAGAGAAAUUUUACGAGAAACUGAAGAUCUUUAUAAUGAAAUUGGAAAACUUGAACAUUUGGUUGCAAAGAAUAAUAGUAAUAAAUACGACAAAAGAAAAACUAUGAAUCCUGAGGAAAAACCUAAACGAAAUGAUGAAAAAAAACCAUGCCAAAUUUGUAUUAGUAAAGAAAAAGGUAAACGUUAUCAUCCUGAGAAGAAUUGCUGGUUCAAAAAGGAAAACCAUGGGGGAGUUUUGAAGACCGUGAAUAACACUGCAUUGGAGAUUGAAUUGAAUGAAAAGAAUCCAAAAAACUAGAUGUGCCACCAUUAAUAAAAGUUAAGUUACUAUUGAAUGAUAUUCUAGAAGUUUUUGGAGUAUAUGAUUCAGGUUCGAAUGUAUCGUUGAUUAAUGCAAAAUUAUUGAAGAUAAAGUCAACAAAAAUUGCAAGUAACAUACAGAUAGUGAACUUGAGGACUAUUAAUGGUGAUGGAAAAACAAAAGAUGCUAGUAUCAAAGGAGUGGGGGCGGUGCUGAAACAAGAAGAUGAAAACGGGGACAGCAGACCGGUAGCUUAUUUUUCAAAAAAAUUAAAUGAAGCGCAAAAAA